AUGGACUUUGUUGGAGAGAUUAUAGAACACGAGAUCGAACCUCCCUCGGAACCAACUCCGUUCAAUGCACCUACUGGAUUUCCUGACCCUCAAAUGGUAAAAAAAGUUUCACGAUGGAAACAAAAGCAAUCAAAAUCGCCUACAUCUGAAUUGCCACCCCAAGAUGAACCCACAACUGAGCUUACUGAGGCGGAAAAAAUUGAUAAAGAGAACCGUGAAAGAAUGGCCAAGAUGUCAGAAAGUGAAAUAUUGCAGGAAAGGCAAGAAAUUUUGACUCAACUAGAUCCAAAUCUUGUUCGAAGUUUGUUGAAGAGAUCAAACAAGAAAAAGCAAGAUGAACGUAGUGAACAACAUACAACUAGCCAUGAUCAUGAUCACCAUGAACAUGCCGAAGGAUAUAAUGGAUGGAUCGGUGGAAUGAAAACUGCAAAAGGAUUGACGGAUUUAUCUCAAUUGGAAAAGAAAGAGGUGGAUAAAGCUUUAGGAUUGGAUUCAGAGCGUAAAGUGAGAUUCGAUGAUGAUAAAGUCGAAAGGAUAGCGUGCCUUGAACCUGAUAAUAACAAUGACAUGCAAGUUGAGCUGGAUUUAGAUGCAAUUGCUCCAGAAGAUUACCAGCUAAAUCAAGGGGAGGAUGAAGAGAUGCACGAGAGUACUUCAAACGUACAUUUCACUAAACCAGGUCAAGAUGAUUUAGAUUUAGACGAUCCUGAAUUUUUCGAUAAGCUACAUGAAAAAUAUUUUCCCGAUCUACCCAAAGAGACCGAAAAGCUAUCAUGGAUGACAAAACCAUUGCCAAAGCAAGUCUCCACUACUUAUGAGAGUAUAUCCGACAUGAGAUUUGAUUUCAAUGGAAACUUGGUUCAGAUUAAUAUAGAUGAAGAAAAAGACGAUUCACAAGGUAUACCGACGUACCUUGGUCUACAUCACCAUUCAGAAAAUCCACAUAUGGCAGGUUACACAUUGAGUGAAUUGGUUCAUUUGUCGCGAUCAGUUGUACCUGGUCAACGAUGUAUCAGUAUACAAACACUAGGAAGGAUACUACACAAAUUAGGCAAACAUGAGUUAGGUAUUAUACCAGUUGCUGAAACUGAGGAAAAUCGGGAUAUUAAAGAAAUGGUACAGACUUUUGAGAAAAUGAUGUGGGAUUUGAUUGAGGAGUUGAGAAUUAUUGAUAGUAUUACUGAAGCUGCAGAUGAAAAGUAUACCAAGAACUUGUCAGUUCGUAGUUAUGCUAUUGAAGCGUUGUAUCUAAUCAAAACUGGAAAGUAG